AUGGGGGCGGAGGCCGGCGUCUGGGGCACGUGGGAGGAGCUCAUCCUCGGCGGCGCCGUUAUGCGGCACGGCACGGCGGACUGGAACGCCGUCGCUUCGGAGCUCCGUGCCCGCACCCUUUAUCCGUUCGCCUUUACUCCUCAGGCUUGUAAAGAAAGGUACGAGGACCUGCAAAAGCGUUAUUCCGGCUCAACAGCCUGGUUCGAUGAGCUGAGAAAGCAACGUGUGGCAGAGCUAAAACUAAUACUCGCACAAUCCGAAGAUUCAAUAGGGUCCCUCGAGUCAAAGAUCAAAUCUUUAAUAAAGUCCGAGAAAGUAAACUCGUCUCCGGCCGGUUAUGGUUCGAAUGGGACCCAUUCACCGAACAAUGAAACCUCCGCAGGAAGCUUCACGAAAGACACCACGCCCACAAAUAGGUCCACGACCAGCUGGCCUUGUCACAAUCAUCUUAAGAUGAACACACCUCUUUUUUCUUCUGAGGAUGGUCUCGACAAAAAUUCCCGUGCAAAAAGUUUGACGGGGGUCGAUUGCAGGCCUGUGAUUGUCUUGAGAAAGAGGAGGGGUCAGAGGAGCAGAAGGGACUGCGGCCGGGUGGCUGAGGAGAGAAGUGUGGGCGAGAGUGAUAACUUGGGUUGUAACAACGUUGUUUUGAGUUCAAAUGCGGGGAAGGUGAUUUCGGGCGGUGAUGGUGAGCUGAAUGAGGGGUCGUGGGGUGUGGAGAAAGACGAGUUGAUCGGGAUUUUCCGAUGUGUUGCAGAGACUGAGCCCGCGUCUGUGUUUAGACACCGUAUGGACAGUCAGAAACGAGCAAGAUACAGAAAACUGAUCAAGCAGCACGUGGACAUCGGCACCAUAAAAUCAAGAAUAAUCGGGAAAUCCAUAAAAUCGGCCAACGAGCUCUUCCGCGACUUUUUCCUCGUCGCGAACAAUGCCCUCGUUUUCUACUCGAGACGCACGCGCGAGUACAAAUCGGCACUCUCCCUCAGGCAGCUCGUCAUGCGUGAGUACAAGCAGCACUGCAUGGGGUCCAACAGCCAUAGGCCCACAUCGAGUUUUAUCCCAUGCAAUCCUCCCGUUAGGCCCCGGACUGCUCGUCCUCGUCCCCAGUCCCGGGCAUUGCCAUGCAAGGAAGAAAAGGGCCCGAUUUUUGAGAAUGGCGGUUUGGACAAGAACCCGGGUUUGGAAGAUAAUAAGAAGCCAGGUUCUGACAUUAAUGGUAAGAAAACUGGUUUUGAUAUUGAUAAUAAGAAACCUGGUUUUGAUGAUAAGAAGACCGGUUUUGAUAUUGAUGGUAAGAAACCCGGUCUUGGUGAUAAGAAGACAGGUUUUGAUGAUAAUCGGAAGCCCAGUUUUGAUAUUGAUGAUAAGAAACCCGGUUCUGGUGAUAAGAAGACCGGUUUUGAUGAUAAUCGGAAGCCCGGUUUUGGUAUUGAUAGUAAGAAGCCCGGUUUUAGUGACGGUCGUUUGUCGAAGGAUAAGAAAGGAUUGAAGAGGCCGGGGAAGUUGAGACGUGGAUUGGUUGAUGGGCAGAGUAAGAAUUGUGUGAAACAGAGGAAAAGGAUUAGAAGGUGA